UCCGCAGCAAGUGGACCGAAGGGGAGACCGGACUCGUACAAAGAAGCAAACAUCCGAAACGGAACCGAAACGGUCGCGUGCAGCAGCCUCGCGGGUUUGAUGUGCGCGCGGAGAUGCAAGCCUCACUGCUAAUGCUCGUCUGCGUCCUGGCUGCUGUCGCUGGCCAGGAGCCUGACCACAGCCAUGGCUGCGCCCAUGGCAGCUGUUACCCGGCAACAGGGGACUUGCUGGUUGGACGAGAGAAGAACCUGAAGGCCUCGUCCACAUGCGGGAUGAGAAAAAAAGAGCCCUACUGCAUUGUCAGUCAUCUGCAGGAUGAAAAGAAGUGUUUCGACUGUGACUCUAGACGGCCAUAUGACCCAGUGUAUAACACCAUCAAUCACCGGAUAGAGAAUGUUAUCACCACCUUCAAACCUCACCGCAAGAAGUCCUGGUGGCAGUCUGAGAAUGGAAAGUCGGAGGUCUUUGUCCAGCUGGAUCUGGAAGCAGAGUUUCAUUUCACUCACCUGAUUAUGACCUUUAAGACUUUCCGUCCGGCGGCCAUGCUGAUUGAACGCUCAGCAGAUUUUGGUCGUACCUGGCAGGUCUACCGUUACUUUUCCCACGACUGCUCUGCCACCUUUCGCGGAGUGUCCCAGGGUCCUUUGCGUAACAUUAAUGAUGUCAUCUGUGAGUCACGCUACUCUGACAUUGAGCCGUCAACAGAGGGAGAGGUCAUCUACAGAGUGUUGGAUCCAGCCAUCAGGAUUGAGGAUCCAUACAGCCCGAACAUACAGAACCAGCUGAAGAUUACCAACUUGAGAGUAAACUUCACCAAGCUUCACACACUGGGAGACAACUUGCUGGACCCAAGAGCUGAGAUCAAAGAAAAGUACUACUACGCCAUUUAUGAACUUGUCGUACGUGGAAACUGCUUUUGCUAUGGCCACGCCUCGGAGUGCGCCCCCAUCGAUGGCAUAAGGGAUGAUAUAGAAGGAAUGGUCCAUGGCAGGUGUGUGUGUAACCAUAACACCAAGGGUUUAAACUGUGAGCAAUGUGAUGACUUCUACAACGACCUGCCGUGGAGACCAGCCGAGGGACGCAACACCAACGCCUGCAAGAAGUGUAACUGCAAUAGCCACUCGAACCUGUGUCACUUUGACAUGGCGGUGUAUUUGGCCACUGGAAAUGUCAGCGGAGGAGUGUGUGAUGACUGUCAGCACAACACCAUGGGACGCAACUGUGAGAUGUGCAAACCUUUCUACUACAAAGACCCUAUUAAAGAUAUCAGGGACCAACGUGUCUGCAUAGCGUGUGACUGCGACCCAGAUGGUUCCCAGAAUGGAGGGAUGUGCGACAGCCACACUGACCCUUCCCUCGGCAUGGUGGGAGGUCAGUGUCGUUGCAAAGCCAAUGUCGAGGGGCCGCGCUGCGACAAGUGUAAGACCGGAUUCUUUGGCCUGAGUGCUGAAAACCCCCAGGGCUGCCAACAAUGCCAGUGUGACCACAGGGGAACAGUGUCAGGCAGCUCCCAGUGUGACCCAGUCAGUGGAGACUGCUUCUGCAAGCGUCUUGUCACUGGACGCAGCUGUGACCAGUGUUUGCCAGAACACUGGGCUCUGAGCCACGACCUGAACGGCUGCAGGGGCUGCGAGUGUGAUAUCGGAGGAGCCCUGGAUAACCACUGCUCCAUGGAAAGCGGUCAGUGUCGCUGCCGCAGUCACAUGACAGGACGCCAGUGUAUGCAGGUGGAGUCUGGAUAUUUCUUCAUGGCUCUGGAUCACUUCCUUUAUGAGGCGGAGUUGGCCAAAAUGGGGCAGGGCAGUACACUGGAGACCAGGGAGCACCAACCAGGUCGGCCCGCCACAUGGACGGGCAUUGGGUUUGCUCGGGUACCUGAGGGUGGCACCCUGGAGUUCCUCAUCAGUAACGUCCCCUACUCCAUGGAAUAUGACCUGCUUAUCCGCUAUGAGUCACAGAUGCCCCGAGACUGGGAGGAGGUUAGACUAACAGUCAUCCGUCCGGGGCCGAUUCCUACCAGCAGCCCCUGUGGAAACACCAUUCCAGAUGAUGACAGACUCACUGUCUCCCUGCCUGCUGGAGCCAGGUUUAUGGUUCCUCCUCAGCCUGUGUGUCUGGAGAGAGGUGUAACUUACACCCUCCGCUUUGAGUUCAGACGCUAUCAAGACGCCAACAGUAUCCUCAAUGGAGCGGCCAACGCUGUUCUCCUUGUGGACUCGAUUGCGUUGAUGCCACGCCACUCCUCCAUGGAAAUGUUCAAUACAGGGGAUCCAGCUUCUAGUAACAGGAAGCAGACCUAUGAGCGGUAUCGCUGCCACGAGGGGGCGAAGAGUGUGACCCGCCCGCUGAUGAGCGACACCUGUGCCAAGCUAAUCACCAGCAUGUCAGCCAUCAUAAAUGACGGGGCUCUGCCUUGUAAUUGCGAUCUUCAGGGGUCCAUCAGCUCCAUGUGUGAUGUCCGCGGGGGGCAGUGCCGCUGCAGGUCCAAUGUGAUUGGUCGACGCUGUGACCAGUGUGCUCCGGGAACUUACGGCUUUGGACCCUCGGGUUGCAUAGCCUGCGGUUGCAGCUUGGAAGGCUCUGUGACAAGACUUUGUGAUAAGUUCACUGGUCAGUGUCAGUGUCGUCCGGGAGCAUUUGGUCAGCACUGCGACGGAUGCCAGGCAGGUUACUGGGGCUUCCCCAGUUGCAGACCCUGCCAGUGUAACGGACAUGCUGACGAGUGCGACCAGAGGACCGGAGCCUGCAUCCGCUGCAGGGACAACACGGGAGGAGACAAGUGUGACAGGUGUGCCAACGGUUACUAUGGUAACCCAGUUUUAGGCAAAGCGUCCAGUGGUCAGUGUCGUCCAUGCCCCUGUCCAGAUGGGCCCCACAGUGGACGCCAUUUUGCUGCUUCUUGUUACCAGGACAACCGCAACAGACAAAUUAUCUGCAACUGUAACCAGGGUUACACAGGUGCCCGAUGUGAGGAAUGUGCCCCCGGUUAUUACGGCAACCCCUCUCAGCCCGGAGGACGCUGCCAACCAUGCCAGUGUAACAACAACAUAGAUAUGUCAGACAUGGUAGCUUGUGACAGGCAAACCGGAGAGUGCAGGAAGUGCCUUUACAACACUGAGGGCCCCAACUGUGGCAUCUGCAAGAGCGGCUAUUUUGGAGACGCUUCUCGGCGCAACUGCAGGAAGUGCACGUGUAACUUCCUGGGUACUGAACGCAGCCAGUGUAUGGAGCGUGAGGACUGUGUGUGUCAGCGUACCACAGGGCAGUGCCAGUGUCUACCAAAUGUCAUAGGUCUGACAUGUGACCACUGCGCCCCCAACCACUGGAACCUGGCCAGCGGGAAGGGCUGUGAAACCUGCGGCUGUGAUCCCAACAACUCCGUCACCUCCUCAUGUAAUGAGUUCACUGGGCAGUGUCAGUGUCGUGACGGCUUUGGAGGGAAGACCUGCACAGACUGUCAGGAGAACUACUGGGGAGACCCCAGGACACAGUGCAGAGCUUGCGACUGUGACUGGCGAGGCAUUGAGACCUCUCAGUGCAACCGGGUAACCGGCCACUGUGUUUGCCAGCAGGGGGUGUCGGGUGUCCGCUGUGAUCAGUGUGCCAGAGGCUUCUCCGGCCAGUUCCCCAACUGUCAGCCCUGUCACCAGUGUUUCGGGGAUUGGGAUCGCAUUGUGCAGGACCUGGCAGUGCGUACCAAGACUCUGGCAGAGCGUGCCCAUGAGAUUCAGACAACUGGGCUUACUGGGGCCUAUGAGAAGGCCUUUAGAGACCUGGAGGAGAAACUGGCACAAGCUCAGGGCAUUGUCAACGCACGCAACGCCACUGCUGCAGCAGUCGCUACUCUAAUGGAGCUUAUUGAAGAUCUUAGAGCGCAGAUCGGUGAGACCACUGACACCCUGAACCGCCUGGAAGGAGACCUAACCAUUGUCCAGGACAGCAACUCUGAGGCAAGCAAGGAGCUGAGUGCUCUGGAGAGAGAGGCUAAAGAACUAAACCUCACUUCAGAGCAGCUACACCACCAACUGGAUGUCCUAAAAAACUCCAACUUCCUAGGUGCUUACGACAGCAUCCGUAGCUCUUACAACAAGUCGCGUGAUGCAGAGCGGCGUGCCAAUGAAUCAACAACCACCAAGCCCAGCACAGUCAGCCAAUCUGCAGACACUCGCCGCCGUACCGAGCGCCUCAUCGCCUCCAAGAAGGACGACUUCAACCGCAAGAAUGCAGCUAACAAGCGUGCACUUGGAGACCUCAAUGCCAGAGCACAGGGCCUGGACAUGAAGAAGAUCAAUGAGAAGGUUUGCGGCGCACCGGGUGAUGCUCCCUGUGAGGAAAGUCCUUGUGGGGGUGCAGGUUGCCGUGAUGAUGAAGGGAACCGUCACUGUGGAGGCCUAAACUGUAACGGCGCUGUAGCAGUAGCUGACAAUGCUCUGGAGAGAGCAAAACACGCAGAGAAGGAGCUGAAUAAAGCUAUGGGAGAGGUGGAGGGACUCUUUACCAAGGUGGCAGAGGCCAAGAGCAAGGCAGAGCAGGCCAAGGGUAAAGCUCAAGCUGCUCUGGACAAAGCCACCGCCACCAAGAACAAAGUGGAGCGCUCCAACAAUGACCUGAGAGACCUCAUCAAACAGAUCAGAGACUUCCUUACUCAGGAGGGCGCAGACCCAGACAGCAUCGAGGCAGUGGCGAACCGUGUGUUGGAGCUCUCCAUCCCUGCCUCACCCCUCCAGAUCAGACAUCUUGCUGAUGAAAUCAAGGAACGGGUUCGCAGUCUUUCGAAUGUGGACGCCAUCCUGGAGCAGACGCAGGAUGAUGUCCGCAAGGCUGAGCAACUGCUGCUGGAUGCCAAGAGGGCAAGGCAUCGGGCUGAAGGGGUGAAGACCACAGCAGAGACAGUGAAACAGGCCCUGAUGGAUGCUAAGAAUGCCCAGACAUCAGCAGAGAAGGCCAUAGCCAGAGCCAAAGCUGACAUUGGGGACACCGAGGCCCGACUGGCACAGAUUGAGUCGGAGACAUCUAAUAGUGAGAGGAACCUGAAUGAUGCCAUGGACCGCCUCGGGACACUGGGACAAGAGAUCAAUGCCCUGAAGACCAAACGUGCCAACAACAGCAUGGCAGCGGCCCGAGCCGAAGAGACAGCCACCAUGGCACGAGAUAAGGCAAACGAAGCCAAACAGAUUCUAGAUGGCCAGCUGACAGAUAAAUACCAUGAGGUGCAGCAGCGGGUUGAUACGAAGGCCAAGGCAGUGAAGGAUGCGAAGAAACGGGCAGAGAGCCUCAGAGAUGAAGCAAAGGAACUACUGAGAGAUGCCCAGAACAAGCUCCAGAGACUAGCAGAGCUGGAGAAAAACUAUGAGGAGAACCAGAGGAGGUUGGAGGGGAAAGCUCGUCAGCUGGAUGGCUUGGAGGACAAGAUGAAAGCCAUCCUCAGUGACAUCAACAAACAGAUCCAGAUCUACAACACAUGCCAGUAACUCACUACUCAUGAGAAAACUGGUCCAUCUUUGUGUUUUUCUGCCAAAUCUUCCAGAUACACCAACUGUACAAUAGACUUUGAACCAUCAAAGAAGAGGGCUGUGGUGGUUAUUUUAUCACUCUGCAAGUGAAUUUGCAUAUUUUGUGUGCAGACUGUCUUUUAUGUAAGUAUUUAAAACAGUUGCUAUCAUAUUUAGAUAUAUGUACCCAUGACCGAACAUGUAAUGGUUGUCUGAUAUGACAUAUUUUAUUUUAAUUUGUGUACAUUAUUUUUGUUUUUCAUUUGUAAAACAAUCUGGAACUGUAUCUGUGUCAUUAUCCAUGUUUACAUUUGUGUAACAUGAACAUUAUAUAUUAGAAAAGUCAAUGAUACACAGCCGUGAAAAUAAUGGAUUACAAACAAUUUGUAGUCAAUCUUUUUAUGGAUUUUUUUACUUAGUGAUAAUCAACAGGUCAAUAUACUUCCCUCCCCAUUUUUCUAUGAAGUGUCUAUGACUACUGAAAGUAUAUUCUACAGUGUCUUCUUUCAGUAUGUAACACAACAACUUUGGGGUGCAUGAGGACAAAAUCUGAAUCAAAAUCUGUUCUGUGUUUUCAAGUUAUAAUGAGGCUUUCAUUGUUUUGGCUUUUUCUUAAACAAGCCAAAAUACAGACGAGUCCCUGCAUAGUAGUAGGGACAUACCAUUUCAGUAGAAUGAAGAGAUGAACAGGGUUUUUGAAUUCAUAUGGAUUUUAAAUUGAAGGAAUUUUAGAUAAAAAAAUUGUACCAACUGGGGUGCAAGGAAUCAUUUUUUGUAUUAUCUCAGCCUUCAUACCAAUAAAUAAAAAUCAGUUUGACUCCGCUGAGCGAAAAGAUGUAAGCAGCCCAAAAACCACCUCUGCCUGGAGUAGGAGGGUGGCUAAUGCCAAACAGGAAUGAUGUAGGGAGCAGUAUAAGCUAACAGUGUAAACUAACAGUGAAUGCUAGCGGCACAGCUCUGGUGAUGCUACUAUGGGUCAGUCUGUGUGUAUGUGGGUGAACUUCGGUCCAGAGUGAAAUAUCUGUCAAAUACAGCUGAUAAAACAUUAAAUGAGCCGGACAAGCUGAGUCUGACAUAUUCUUCUGUAAAGUGAUUACUUACACAUAAACCUUUUGAAUUUAGAUAGCAAAAUGACACUCAUCAUUCUGACACCACCCUCAGGACAAACUUAAAGGACUAGUUAGACAUUUUGAGAAAUAAGCGUAUUUGCUUUCUUUUAGAGUUAAAUGAGAAGACAUCCAGCAUGUAACUCCCAGUCAUUUUUGUAGUUACAGUUUGUAUGAAUUAAACAAACAAAAUAUAACUCAUAUAUAUAUAUAUAUAUAUAUAAAACUUGAAAGCAAAUAAGUGUAAUUUCCAAAAUGUUUUGCUGUUUGUAAUGCUUUAAGUCAUCACUUAUUGAUGGCCAAACCUGUGAUGCACAGAUGAAUGUGAAGAAUGUUUGUUUAUCGAAUGCACUGUGAUAGAAUAUGUAAGGUCUGCAGUAAUUCUGAAGUAAAGUCUGAAGUGACAUAGUUUUCUACAGUAUGAACAGUGUUUAAUUGUGCCUUGUAAUAUGCCAGUGUCUUGUACUCAUGUUCUUUGCAUGACAGUUUGUGUUUUUGGCUACAUGACAGGCCAAAAAAAACAAAACACCUGUAAACAUAUUUCCCUCAGAUGACAUUUCAACUGGCAGCCACAUGACUUUGAUAAGUAAUUGCCAAAGCACAGAUACCAAAAGAAGCUUGUGUAAAGUUUAACUGUGUACCGUUUUGUGAAUAAAGGUUGCAUAAUUUAACCAGAA